CUUCACUGCCUUAAAAUACGCACAAGCAUAUAAAUAAAUAUUCUGUAUCCUCCUCGUUCAUAUUCUCAACCCAAUUCACCACUUUUCACAACAAGAAAUUGUGAAUUCAUUCAUAAUGGAUCAUGAAGGGGAUGCAAAUAGAACUGAUUUGAUGACAAUAACAAGGUUUGUUCUUAAUGAGCAAUCAAAGUAUGCUGAAUCACGUGGUGAUUUCACCAUCCUCAUCAGUCACAUUGUUCUUGGCUGCAAAUUUGUUUGCUCUUCCGUUAACAAGGCAGGAUUGGCAAAAAUCCUAGGACUUGCUGGAGACACCAAUGUUCAAGGUGAGGAGCAAAAGAAAUUGGAUGUGAUUUCUAAUGAAGUGUUUGUGAAGGCCUUAAUCAGCAGUGGACGCACGUGCCUUCUUGUUUCUGAAGAGAAUGAAGAUGCUAUCAUUGUGCCACCAGCACAGCGUGGCAAAUACCUUGUUGUGUUUGAUCCUUUGGAUGGCUCCUCAAACAUUGACUGCGGUGUUUCAAUAGGAACUAUAUUUGGUAUUUACAUGGUGAAGGAUACAAAUAAUGUUUCUGUUGAAGAUGCAUUGCAACCUGGAAGCAGUUUAGUAGCAGCUGGUUACUGCAUGUAUGGAAGCUCUUGCACGUUUGUGCUUAGCACAGGAAAUGGAGUGAAUGGUUUUACACUUGAUCCUUCACUUGGAGAGUUCAUAUUGACUCAUCCAAACAUUAAGAUACCAAAGAAAGGAAAGAUUUAUUCAGUGAAUGAGGGAAAUGCCAAAAACUGGGAUGAACCAACCACCAAAUAUGUUGAAAGUUGCAAGUUUCCACAAGAUGGUUCAUCACCAAAAUCUCUUAGAUACAUUGGCAGUAUGGUAGCUGAUAUACAUCGGACAUUGCUAUAUGGCGGUAUUUUCAUGUAUCCUGCUGAUAAGAAAAGCCCAAAUGGAAAGCUAAGGGUUCUGUAUGAAGUCUUUCCAAUGUCAUAUUUGAUGGAGCAAGCCGGAGGUCAAGCUUUCACCGGAAAACAAAGGGCACUUGACUUGGUUCCAGAGAAAAUACAUGAUCGAUCACCGAUAUUCCUUGGAAGCUAUGAUGAAAUUGAGAAAAUGAAAGAGCUUUAUGCUGAAUCUAAAGCAAAUGGUGCAUGAAUAUAAACUCAGUUUGUGUAUCUUUUAAUUGUUUGAGGUUCAUUUCUUGGCCUUUUUGUAUAAAUCUUAUUUGUACUAUUAAUCAUUUCUAUUGUUUUAAAGCACAAGCUUGGGCUACUUACUACAUCAGAAA